UUAACCAAGUUUAUAUUUGUAUAAUAUCGAACAUAGAUUUUUAUGGACGUUUAACUUGUGAAGGAAUUUAGUGGGUUUACAAAGCAAUGGGUUGUUUUUGCUUAGUUUGUGCGGGCGAAGGAUUUUGUUCCAAUUUUCUUAGUAUAAUUGUUAGUCUGACAUUCUCUUUUCACGCUUUUGGUUUCUUCAGUCCGUUCUGGUUUUGUAAAGAUGAAGGUUGCAAGCUUAACGGUCUGUAUUACAGCUGUGAUGGUGGGGAUUGCGACCGUGAUGUUGUUGAUAAACCACUUCUUACUUUAGUGGUGAUAAUACUCCUCUCCAGCCUGACCCUCACCUUAAUAUUAUGUUGUAUUCUACAUUGUACAAACUAUAAAUGGAAGACGAUGUCUCCUACAGUCGCUCUCUUCAUUGGAGGCUGGUUCCUCAUACAAGAGUUGCUGACGACAGGUGUACUGAUCACCAUUGCAAUCAAGUAUGACCGAAUAGGCUGGUCCGCAUACGUGUUUACAGUACCAGGAAUGAUAUUUCUCGGAUUAGUUUUAUUUGUUCUCGUGUACAUGUGGUGCUCUCCGCAGAAAACAGUUAAUCCAUCAUGAUCAUAGCCUUACAGCUACUCUUUCAAAUAUCCUAACGUUUUUUAAUAAUAUAUUUGACAUUUAAAAUAACGUAAGAAAUGAAAACCAGUAUUAAAUAUUUGUAAAGUAAAAUACAGUUGGGACGUUGAUUUGUUCAUCAUUUCACAAACGUAUAUACGCGUUUCUCCUGCGUAACCCGUACAUAUAUAUGAAAUGUGCGGUAAUCCGUUAGAACCACCGUAGUCACCCACCCUUUUCCCUUUAGACUGGUAAGGCCGAUACAAUGAUAAUACGAUGCGAAAACGCGAUAUUUAUGUUGUACUUUCGCAUCGUGUUAUCGCAUUGAUAGUAUUAUCUCGUCGUUACAAAGUAUCUUCGUAUCUUAUCUAAUCUCAUCGCAUUACUAAUCUACAGGACGAAGGGGGAAACAACGAUGGCGCUAACGGAACACCGUAUAAAAACCGUUCGCUGAAGCUUUACUUUUGUAAGAAUGGAAUGAUAUUAUUACAUGUAAAUUAUAUAGAAACAUGACACAGAUAUUAACGCCCAAUCCCGAAGCGGAGGGUCCUUGUCUAUCGGUUAAUGUUAGGUUACGGGUUGGUCGCCUAUAACAUUUAUCUUUGGGGUACACACCAGACUAUCGAGCUUAAUUUAUAGGUGUAUAAAGUUUCAGUGGAAUCUACUGAUUUGUUCCGUUUAUGAUGACAAGACAGCUUUUCAGUAAUCAUGCCAUAUAUUAUCUGCCGUAAAAUGAGUCCAUGUAAUAUGUUUUGAAUUGAAUCUAAUUUUACUAUGCCGUUACAUUGUGUAAUAUUGCCUUGUUAUUAAUUUCAAACAAAUAUACUUAAUAAUACAA